GUUCUUCCCUCUACUCACAAAGCAUUAUCUGAUCUGCAGCUUUCCCUUAUCUGGGUUGUUUACCUUAGUUUGUACAUCAAUUUCAUUUGCCUCGCCUAAAAAUUCUGCAAUGGCAAGGAGCAAGGGAAAUGCCCAAGUCCUUAUUGUGAAGCACAUAAUCAGAGUCCUCUGUAGGCUUGCCAAGUCCGUUAAGGCGGAUGGAUAUGAUCUUUCUUCAAAGAAAAGGAGAAGUUUCAGCUCAAGAGAUGAGUACUUGAAAAGAUCGUGUGGUGGCCUCCCUGCUGAUGUCCCGAAGGGACACUGUGCAGUGUAUGUUGGCAGCGAACAGUCUAGGCAUAUUAUCCCCACAAAGUAUUUGAAUCAUCCUCUGUUCAGGGAAUUGCUAGAUAAGGCCGAAGAAGAGUAUGGGUUUGAUCACCAGAUGGGACUUACACUUCCCUGUGAGGAGGUCGCUUUCCAGUACCUGACGUCCAUGAUGGAGAAAAUGGUGUAGCAUUAGAAGAGGUGAAAAUGGAUGAGCUCAUUGUCUUCCCUCCGUCAAGAGAAAUAGAUCUUAUUGUUUUGGGUGUAUCAUUAGAAGAGGUGAAAGUGGAUGAACUCAUUGUCUUCCCUCCCUCAAGAGAAAUAGAUCUCAUUGUUUUGAGCUCUGAGGAGCACCAUUUCAGCCAAUGUGGCUUAGGUAUUAUGAUGCACCAUCCUGCCAAGGUUAAGGCCACCAGAGCUGUACACAAUCAGAAGUCAUUAUAAUGUAUAUUUUUUAAAACAGGAUUAAAAAUCUAUGAACUCGUCAAUCGACUGUAUAAUUUUUGUUCGA